AGUUCACAUAUAAUUCGAAGCAUUUCUUAGAAUGGCAAAGGGGAGAAUGAAAAUUUUGUCAUUACUAUGUGUUUACUUUGUUUCAACUUUAGCGAUCGCUAGAAAUGUGAGGGAUGAUAAUGAAAAGACAGGGUUGAUUGGUAAGGGCGCUAGAAUUGGAGGUGGAGUUGGAGGCGGCAUCAGCGGUGGUAUUGGUGGAGGUGUUGGUGGUAGAUUUGGUGGUGGAGCCGGAGGUGCCGGAGGUGGAGUUGGCGGUGGAUCCGGAGGUGGAGUUGGCGGUGGAGCUGGAGGUGGUGUAGGUGCGGGAGUUGGUGGUGGAGUUGGAGGUGGUUUUGGUGGAGGUGGAGGUCAUGGUGGUGGUGCAGGUGUUGGGGGAGGAGCUGGUGGUGGUGUUGGUGUUGGUGGAGGAUUCGGAAAAGGUGUAGGAUUUGGAGGGGGAAUAGGGGCUGGCGGAGGUGGUGGCGCUAGAGGCAGUGUUGGGGGAGGGGUUGGAAAAAGUGGCGGAACACACCAUCACUAAUAUGUUUUAAUGUGUGACUUACAUUUAUAUCAUUUCAUCAAAAGAUUUCUCAACUAUGUAUUACACUAAUUACACAUUGAGGAUGCGCAUGACCUCGAGUAAUUGCUAAAGCUUACAUAAUUGUUGCUCUUAAUGGAAUAAAACCAAAGCUUAUUGUUAUUGU